UAACCGCAUCUCUCGCCACUUCCCCGUGUUAGCAAGCAUGCAUGGCAGAGCCUAGCUUGGAUACAGACAAACAUGGGCUUCACUAACAGGGGAGGGGAGAAUUGAAGGAAGCUGAUAGUGAUUUUUUAAAACUGGAUGUUUAAGGGCAAUUUGGUUGUUUAGAUGGAAUGCAUCGUGCCUCCCCCCACCCCUUAGAAACAGGGACAUUGUCUUUGUGGAGACCGGGAAAUCUGGCGAUAAUAGCAGCAUGCAGUGUUUUCCUGGGAACAGCUGUCACUUCUUUUGAGCAAAGGAUUUGACUAAGGCUGUGUGGUUUUUAAAUAACUUUACAGAGCGUGAAAAAUUGUCCACUUCCCAUUUACAGCUGGGCACGCCAGGUGGCUUUUGUUGGUAAUGUGAAAACAGGGCUCAUAAAGCACAAAGCAUCGAAACAGGAAAGAAGGGGGCCAAAGGGGUAACUGUGUUAAUUUGCAGCAGUUAAAAAUAAACGGGUGCCUUAAAGACGACACACAAGAUUUGAUUUCCGGAUGGACAUUCUAACACCAGUGAGGAGAGGCAAAGAGGCAUUGGAUUGAAAAGCCAGCUCAAAAAUCAAGAGAUUUGCAGAUAAAGAUCCCUUUAGUUCCUGAGGCUUUUGCUUCACAGAGUUAAAAUGGCUUAGGGAUGCAAAGCCUUUGAUUGUUUAUUCAGAAGGACACCCCCCUGAGAGACAACGAAAGAGCGCUUAGUGCAGAGACUUCGGUAUCAACUGAAGUAUGUUCAGCCGCUCUGGGUACCGAGCCAUUCCACUGGGAGAUUUUGAUCGGUUCCAGCAAUCCAACACCUGGCUGAGUGGAUCACAGAGAGGCUUUUUCCCACUGGGACGCACGGAGGAUCCAUGGGACCAAGUGGAGAGGGGAAUAGGUACACCCCAAGGGCUCUCGUCACGGAUUUGUCACGGGGUGGUCACCGCUUUGGCAUUUUUGCUGACCGUCAUCACCUUCCCUAUUUCUGGAUGGUUUCUUCUGAAGACGGUCCCGACCUAUGAGCGAGUUACCGUGUUCCGUUUGGGGCGGAUCCGAGCCCCCAAAGGGCCGGGCUUGGUUUUGCUCCUGCCGUUCAUCGAUCACUGGCAACGAGUGGAUUUGAGGACCCGCGCAUUCAGCAUUCCCCCCUGCAAGCUAACCUCGCAAGAUGGAGCUUUGGUGUCUAUCGGAGCUGAUGUCCAGUUCCGAGUUUGUGAUCCGGUGCUUUCGGUCAUGAUGGUGAAAGAUCUCAACAUAGCUACACGGAUGACUGCCCAGAAUGUCAUGACCAGAACCCUGCUCAAGAAGUACCUACGGGAGAUCCAAACGGAGAAAUUGAAGAUUAGCAACCAGCUCUUGCUGGAAAUCAAUGACAUCACCAGGUCUUGGGGCCUUGAGGUGGACCGGGUGGAACUGAUACUGGAGGCCGUGCUGCAGGCGCCCCCCGACACGGUGGUUGCAGGAACCUCAAACAGGAUGAAUUCUUUCUGCGGAGUACAGGGGCUGGACAGCCUUCAACAACUGGCUCUUCACUUCUUCGGCAAGAGCUUAGUGGCAGCAGCCGACACCAGCAUAAAGGAGCCUCUCAGUACAGUUGCCUCCGUCUCUGAGCCUUGCCGUGUCUUGCAACACUCUGUUCCAGAAGCAAGUAACGCGUUGCGUGAAGAGGCACCUUCUGCUUCUUCACCCCGUCCCAGCUCACGCUCAUUUUGGGCAGACCGAAUACGUCUAGUUGGCUCCGGCGGUGAAGAGAUCCAAGCGCAAGUGGAACAUGUGGAGGUAAAGAGCGAAACGGGGCCUCCCUGCAGCACCUUGGUACAGGAAACCAGGAAGCACUUUGAUCCUGAAGAUUUCCUGCUCACCGUAGAAGACUACUUGUCCGAAUCCUUAGUGAACCAAAUCAGAGCUUGCUACCAGUUCAACGUUCUACUGCCAGGAGGCGUACAAAACACCUAUUUCAUCGAUCUCUCCACAGGCCAUGGGAAAACAGGCCACGGACUGCCAGACCACCCCCCCGACGUGGUGCUAGAGAUGGCAGAGAGUGACCUGGGGCCUUUAGUCUGGGGCGACCUCAACCCUCUGAAUGCCUACGUCUCUGGGAAGCUGCGGGCACAGGGAGACCUGACCAAGGCCCUGAAAUUAGAACUGCUCUUCAAGGCAAUGGGUCAGAACCAGAUGAGUUGACGAUCCUGCCUGUGUGGCUCUGUGGCUAUCCAUGCGUGUGCCGGUUUGGUCAAGCCUGCUUAAUUGUCCGGAUCUCAAGAUGUUGCUUUGAUCUUAUGACCUCUCCGUUGCUGCAGACUUUGGGCUCUGGGCUUUGAAUUCUCAGGGGGGUGGAAUGCUACAAAAUCUGGGGGUCACCUGGAAAUGUUCUGUACCUGCAACAUAGGGCAGCAAUUGGUGGCCUCUUGCAAUGAUUUGUGGAUGUGUCCAAGUGAUUCUAUGAAAAUAAGGGCAGGACUAGGUGCAAAUAAGGGUGGGUGGGCAAAGCCGCAUGCUUGCUUAAGCCAUCGCCGAAGAAAUGCUGCAACAGACUUCUGCACAAAGUGGCAAAAUUUCAGCGUUUGAAUCCCCAUCUUUUUUUUUUUUUAAUCUCAACAUUUCCUUUGGAAAUCUGUUUUUGGAACAUAUCUUUUAAAAACAACAACCCUAAAUGUUAAUUCUUAUUGUUGAAUUUUACGGCAAUAAACUACAUUAUUUAUUUA